UGUCACCAGUGAAUCCGGUACUCGACCCAUUUCACUGCAUCCAUCACGACUGUUUCAAAUGUCUUCCGGUAAUAAAUCCAUCUCAUCCUACAUAAAUUCAUCUGCAAUUAUUGAUGAAACCAGUACUCAUUUCACCAUCACUUAUUUUUGUCACCUCCUGGGCGCUUCAACCACUUGUGAAUCCAGUACUCGACUCAUUUCACUUUAUUUAUUUCCAUCACAUCCAAUUUUUUCCGCAACGAAGUUCACCAGUGAAUCCGGUACUCGACCCAUUUCACUGUAUUCAUCACUGUAUUCAUUCACUUCAAUUGCAUUCAUGUCAUCAAUCCAUCUCAACAACAAACCCAUCCAAAAUUUUCAAUGAAUCUAGAACUUAACUCGUUUCGUAUCACGAAACAUCACUAAAUAGUGAAUCAGGCACUGCAUCUUGCUUUGCUUCAUAGAUUACCGUGCAAAUGUUCAAUUGUCUAAAAUAUUUGUUCACCCGUCAAACACCAAGGAAAGCAGCAUGUAAACAAACUCUGAUCAUUCCAUGCACCUCCCAAAAAGUGUAACCGACGCCCAACAUUUCCAGCAGUGAAACGAACCAAUGUAUGCUGAAACUGAUAGGAACACAUUGUGGUGUGACAAAAAACUUCUGCAGGGGGUCGAAUACGGUGCAAAGAAAACAAUACUCAACCCACUUCACUUCAUUCAACCUUUCCCCAAGAAUCACCAGUGAAUCCGGUACUCGACCCAUUUCACUGUAUUCAUAACAACUGUCUACAAUGCAUUUAGGUAAUGAUUCCAGUUAUCGACCCAUCGCAAUCCUCAAUAAGCCCAUCUUCAACUAUCAAUGAAUCCUCGAUGAAUGGUCGACUCAUUUCACCAUUUACACCUGUCACAUCCGUAACGCCCUACCAUCAGAAUGCAAUAGAAAUAUUCGGUGUCAGGCCAUUCCACAAUGGUCGGAAAAAGAUAAAGUUCGGCCAAAACUCUUUUUAUGUGUUUAAUCGAAGUUAGAGGUUGCCUAGAUAUGUUAUAUAGUAUUUUUAGUGUUUAAAAAGGGGUAUUCAAAAAUUACGUAAUUUGAAUAAUUUCAAAAAACGGUGAAAAUCAGUAAACCCCAUAUGUUUUGCGUUUUUUGUUAGAAAAUCAAUUCAAAUUUAAAUAAAUGAUUAUCUUUCGAUCAAAUCCAAUCAAGUUUGUUCAUAACGUGUGAAAAAUGUGGAAAUAUAAAUUUUAUUUCGAUCAAUAAUGGAAAAAUACCGUAAAAUAUAUGAAAAAAACAAAACUUUUUUAAAAAGCUCUAAUUUGAAAAACUGCAAAUUUCUGCAAAAUAUUUAAACGUUUUUAGGCAGCUCUAAGCAUGAUGUUUAUGAUAUACUACUCGAAAUUGCGGCGACACGUGACGACACGAACCGUUUUUUAACUUAAAAAUUACCAAAAUUUCUAAGGUACAAUAUAUGAAAAUUUGAAUAGUUUUGUGACAUAUUAAUUUUGCACCAUACAUGCAUUCAAACAGUCCAAUAACAAGCUUUCAUAUGCUGGAUAACUUAAAACAUAUAUUCCAUUCUCAAAAUAUUAUUAUUUUACUUUUUUCGAAUAAUUCAUUUUUCAAUUUUAUGACUUAGGCCACUUUGGCAGUGAAAAUGUCAUUGAAAUACAAAAGCUGGUAUGCUUUUAAUUAAGAAUCAUAAAAGUACAAUACAUUAACUUUGUUAUAAGGUGAAAUAAAGUUUAAAAAUAUCAAUUUCGAUUUUUGAGAGUUUUGGCCGCCCCUUUGUAUGGAGCCCGACCAAUGUGCAUUCGGCCGAAGGUCAUUAGGCCGAAGGUCAUUAGGCCGAAGGUCAUUAGGCCGAAUGGUCAUUAAGCCGAAUGGUCAUUAGGCCGAAUGGUCAUUAGGCCGAAUGGUCAUUAGGCCGAAUGGUCAUCAGGCCGAAUGAUCAUUGGGUCUUCUUCUUGCCGUUACGUCCCCACUGAGACAAAGCCUGCUUCUCAGCUUAGUGUUCUAUGAACACUUCCACAGUUAUUAACUGAGAGCUUCCUCGGCAAAUGACCAUUUUGCAUGUGUAUAUCGUGUGACAGGCACGAAGAUACUUUAUUGAUGCUGAAUCUACUGAUAUUUUACCCAUGAAUUUUUCCUUCUUUUAAACAUAGGCUGUUCUUUCUAGUAUCAUUGCUAAAAUAGUUUUUGGCGCAGAAACUGCUGAUAUUCAAUUCAUAAAUUUUUCCUUCUUUAAAACAUAGGCUAUUCUUUCUAGUUUCAUUGUUAAAGUAGUUUUCGGCAAAAAAUUUUUGGAAAAAGUAAAAACAACAGAUCUCUUUACAGGCUCAUAACGGCUGAUUUUCAAUUCGUCCUGAUGACCAUUCGGCCUUAUGACCAUUCGGCCUAGUGACCAUUCGGCCUAAUGACCAUUCGGCCUAAUGACCUUCGGCCUAAUGGCCUUCGGCCUAAUGACCCAGCAUCGAAAUAUUCAAAUAUGAUCAAUGGUCGGUUUCCAUAUAUUAUUUCUUCGAAUAAAUUCUCUGAACCGCACAUUUUUCGGCCAUGUCGCGGGAUUCAAGGCCUGCAUUUUGAAUGACAAAGGUAAAACAACUUUGAACGAGAUAAACUCCAACGAGUUUAAUGUUUUUCGUUUUGACACUAAUUUUGUCACGUCGACUCGAUCGGGAGACGAAAGACUGAGCGCACGAGAUACCAUCUAUUGUAUGUCACUUUCAGAUGUAACAUCGACAAUAGUACAUCUGAAAGUGACAUACAAUGGAUGGCUAAAGCAAAGCUAAAGCAAAUCACUCCAUCUCGAGAUAGAGGAACGCCAUUAAGUCUAUUUUGUGAGCUUACGAAAGCAGUACUCUGAAGAUAAGCUGAUGAUUAGAGAAGCUGUCCAAAUGCAUGGGUGUAUUGCUAUAUAUGAUAUUUGGCGCUAAUCGUAUUAACACACUCGUUUGACACUUCUCGACAUAUUUUCGAAAGAAAGCGUGCUUUUAUGAAGAUACGGUAAACAUGGCACCACUCUAACGUCAAAUGGGGACUGGAUAACAAGUUGAAUUUUUAGUAAAGUUAUGUGCACUCGAUAACUUGCUUGACCCAAUCUCCCCCAUUCCUCAUAUUUAGACAUAGGGUCAAAAAUAUUGAAUUUUUAAAUAAAAAGAGCAAUGACAUCCCGCUUUUUUCAUUUCAUCAACCAGGUAAUACCUAGAGCUAAUCACUUAUUAGAAAAUAUAUGGUUAGGUACUUGUGUUUAACAUUACGAAGGAGAAAUUUUUUCAGAGUGAUUUACUCGAGGAUUUACUAGUAGUUUCAUCGUAUAAGUUUAGCCACAAAUUUAACAAAAAACGAUUAUUGCUUAAUAUCUUAUUGUGCAUUAUGACGUGUAAAAACAUCUCCUCUUACAUAUAAAGUUUUCAAUAUAAAUUAGCGAUAGUUGAUGAGCUAUUUCAAAUUUUAUGUUUCUCCGUUUUGACCCAAUCUCACCCCCCAGACCCAUUGUCACCCCCAUCGACGGUAUUGCAUUUUUCAUUGAAAAUUUUCUUUGCCUCGCUGAGUUAUGUGACGUUUUCUCCCAGCGAAAGCUUACGCGAUACAGCAAAUCGCUAUAUUCCACACUAACACAAAAAAAAAUCUGUCAACAAUAACAAAAUACACAUGCAUUUUCAGCGAAAUGCUCUAUUUGCAUGACAACAAUCCACUCCCACAGCUAACGGAUGACCGCCGUCAAAUAUCAGGAUUGCCAACUGUCCGGCGACUGCUGUCAAAUCUCUUUGUCGCCGAAUCUGGCGCUGGGUCUUCGGUGCGGACACCCAAAGGUGGGAAUAAAAUUUUGGGGUUUGCGCGCAAUAUGCUAUGUCACUCUAAGGUAUGCACACAGCAAAAUCUAGCCACCGCAUUUUGGAUAGAAAUUUCUCUAUUUUCAACGAAUCGUGGCAAUCUCUGACGCAAAUGAAAACUUAUUGUGUAAGGAAUCGAAAAAUAUUUACUUCGGGAUAUAUUUUGACAUUGUGUUUAAAAUAGUGUCAAGGGAACAAGAAGUCCUCGAAAAGUUUUUGCACAAACGUGCUGAAAAUCUGACAAUGUACAUUAAAGCGACCGUCCCGCAGAUCUAAGUAGCUUUUAAGUAUUCGGUUCUAUACAUCAUUACAACCUGGAAAAGUUGCAGAUCAACUUAAGAGCAAGAAAAAAUCGAAGUUUGGCAAGAAAUACAUAGUUUGGUCAACAAUAUGAAUUUGUGGUUUGAAAAACCGAACUUUUAGAAAUACAUGUACAGCAAAUCAUCCUUUUCACUACGGGAAAUGUCGGGAAAAAUGGCUGGCACCCCUUAUUCAAAAGCUUAGAUAUUGUGUAUUGAAUUGAAUUGAUUUUUGUCCCCUGUUUUUGGCGGAGAAUGCUUGCGUUUGUAUGCAGAAAACUAUGUAGAAAUUGUACUGCAUUUUUCCAAAAAACGUAAAAUCUCAUACACUUCAAAACUCAACCCAAUUGAAAAAUAUUGAGUAACCGUGAAUUGGAACCUUCAAAAAAUGUCAAGAACGACAGCUUUCAUCGAAAAAUAAGAUUGAUAUUGACACAAAGGUGGUAAAAAUUUCUUGGCAUGCGGUCGAAGGUACUGUGCAAAACUUUACGGAAGGACUCAAGCUCAAAACUCGAGAUGACGGAUAUAACAAGUCAAAUCAGCAAUGCACAAUGGUCCGAGGACCAACAUUAAGUGGAAAAAAUUAAUAACUCAAAAACCAUCCAAGAUAGUCUUCAUGUCUUCUAGACAUUUGCUCGUGAGUCCAAGCCGCGUUAUAUGCAAAAGUGUCCUAAACGCCAAAUCUUAAAAUACUUCAUAUUUCAGCACCUAACUUUUUUAUUUCAAAAGAUAUCGAAAUAAAAUGUUCUGCAAAGUUGAAGAAGGUAAAAACUCCGACAACUUUCUCGAAGAGCAGUUUUUUCUAUCUCUUCAAUCUGAGGAGAUAUAACUUAUUGAAGAAAUAAAAAAUCCGAAAUCGUUUUUUUUGUCAUAUGUCAAAAACUAUCAUUUUUUCAAGCCUACUAUGUUCAGAGCAAUUGUACAUAUUGCCAAAAUACACAUUUCGUCAGAAGACAUCAAAGCUGUACGAUGUUUCUAUCAAAAGAUAUAAGUAUUUUUGUACUUUUUUAAGCCAAUUUUUCUAGCGUAACAUUUGAAAAAGGCGCAAGUGAAUCUUUAAUUUUCUCCCACCACCGGAUCUAGUAUGACAAAAACUGCAUUUUAACAAAUUUUGGAGAGGGUGUUUUUUUGUUUUGCGUUUUAAAUGUGAUUUGACUAUGACCGUAUUUUAGGCAUCAAAUUCACGAAAAAUGACAUCCAUAAUGUCCGAGUACAACAUCUACUCGUGUUUCAAGAUCACUUAUCUUAAACAUUCGAGUAGCGAUGAACCCAAUGUUGUCUUUUUUGUUUUGUUUUGUUCCUUUGUGUAAGUGAGCAAAAAUAUAAAACAAAUUCCCUAUAGUUUUUCGAUUUCUUAAUUCAUCAGAUAUAUGCAUCUGGUGAUCGUAUGCAAAUUUUAAAUUGAAUUGUGGACCGUCCAAUUGCAAUGGUUUUAACCGGUGUCAAGCCAUGAUACUAAAAUUGAAUAGAGGGUAGGCGCAAUUUGUUCCCAGUUGACAGCCAGCUUAUUCCCCUGACUUUGUCUGCGCAUCUCUUCUAAACAUAAAUUAAACACAAUCAUUGUCAUCAUCAGCAGCAGUCAGAAGUAUCCCCGCACACAUUUGCCCAAAGUAUCAACACUCGCUACUCUCACUCUUCCCUCAUUUAGCACUAAAAUCCACGUCGGUACCGUAUGCGUAGCAUCAUGACAGAAUACAUAUUUCCUCCGUUACAACAAAUUGCACUGAAACCUACACAUUCCUUGCUUCCCGACAAUCCCAUUUCCAUUCUGCACGCGAAAACAAUCUUUUACUUCAUCCACAAAACACUGAAAAGUUUAUCCUCGAAGCCAAAUGUACUGUCGGAUGUUGGUCUUCGGAUACAAUUGCAGAGACACGUCUUCACGCGAUGUUGGUCUGAACAGAACUGACAUUAUUUAUUUACAUGUCAUUCAACUACGGGUAGGUGACAGCAUACACUCUAAGAUUCUUUUAUACAAGAUAUUCACAAUACAGUGACGAUUCGUUCGUUGAGAGCUCGUUAGAUGGGCUGUCUCGAUGGUUGAAUGUUCACUGGUUGGGGCAAAACCCAACUAAAAAGCACUGUCAAUGUCAAAAUAGAUGUUAAAACGAGUUUGACGUCUGACCGCCGUCGCAUCACAGCUCCUGUAUACAGAACGUUUACGCAAGUAUGUGAGUGUUCCGUGACGUAUUUGUCGUCACUUGCGUGUGUCUAGAGCAUUUUGAUCAGUUGUCAGUUGCCCAAACGAACGAACACGAUUCGCUAAUCGGGCGCAGUCGUGACCCAACCAGCGAAUGCUGACUGUAGUAGUAGUGUGGACACUACAGUAUCCACUUUAACAAUCCAGGAUUGAAACCAAGCCUACCUAAUUUAAAUAGUAAUAAAGCAAUAUCAACUCUAUCGAAUGCCUUGCUGAAAUCAGUGUACAUUGUUUCAACAUAAUGCUCUCUAUCCAUGGCGUUAAUUGAAAAUGUUACAAUUUGCAUUAGAUUAGUGGCCGUUGAUCGUCCUUUAAAAAAACAUGUUGAUCACAAGUUAUUAGACAUUUGACUUGAGAGAAUAUCUUAUCAUUGAUUAUUGAUUCAAAUAAUUUAGGGAUACAGGAUAAAAUGGCUAUUCCGCGAUAGUUUUUAAUAUCAGAUUUUUUACCUGAUAUAAAAAUUGGGACUAAACAAGAUUCUUUCCAAAUAUGCGGAAGAUAGUUGGACCACAGAAAACAGACAUCCAGGCUAGAACAAAUUUCAUUCGGAAGGUUGUGUAAGGAUUUGAAUCUUUACUCUAGUAAGGUUGCAAACCAAUACACGAUGACAACACUAACGCCACCAAACACCAUAUUGCCACAGUCAGUGGUGAAUUGAAACAUUUCAAGUAGUGAAUUAAAUUGGUAUGGGAAAUUAACCGAUUGCAGCGCCACGCUAUUGCCACUUGUUUUGCCGAUUUCAAAUGACCGCUAAAUUCCUUACACAGUUUCCGAACUGGACUUGGAUGUCUGUUCUCUGUGGUUGGACUUAAGAGAUGCGUUAAAUAGCCUUACCUUACCUUACCGAUCAGGCUAAGGCCGGGGUGGCCUCUACUGUACAUAGUAGCCGUCUCCAUUCCACUCGGUCCAUGGCUGUUUGUCUCCAGUUCCGCACUCUGCGUAGGGUCCGCAGAUCGUCUUCCACUUGGUCGACCCACCUAGCUCGCUGCGCUCCACGUCUUCUUGUACCGGUCGGAUGACUCUCGAGAACCAUUUUAGUCGGGUUGCUAUCCGACAUCCUGAUGACGUGACCCGCCCACCGUAGCCUCCUGAUUUUCGCGGUAUGGACGAUAGUUGGUUCUCUCAGCAGCUGAUGCAGCUCGUGGUUCAUUCGCCUUCUCCAUGUCCCGUCUUCCAUCUGCACUCCGCCGUAGAUGGUACGCAACACCUUCCGUUCGAAAACUCUAAGGGCGCGUUGGUCCUCUGCACGUAGGGUCCAUGUUUCGUGCCCAUAGAGGACGACCGGUCUAAUCAGCAUUUUGUAGAUGGUUAACUUCGUGUUACGGUGAACUUUAUUCGAUCGUAGAGUUCUGCGGAGUCCAAAGUAAGAACGAUUUCCUGCCAUAAUGCGCCUCUGAAUUUCUCUGCUGGUGUCGUUAUCGGCGGUCACCAGUGAGCCCAAGUACACGAAUUCUUCAACCACCUCGAUUUCAUCACCGUCGAUAUAAAGACGAGGUGGCCGGCGCGAUGAUUCCUCCCUGGAGCCCUUUUGGCAUCAUGUACUUUGUCUUUGACGCAUUAAUGACUAAUCCGAUUCGUCCGGCUUCACUCUUUAGUCGGAUGUACGUUUCCGCCAUCGUCUCAAAUUUACGAGCAAUAAUAUCAAUAUCAUCAGCGAAACCAGGCAACUGAACGGACUUCGUGAAAAUCGUUCCACUCAUGUUUAUCCCCGCUCUCCUAAUUACACCCUCUAACGCAAUGUUGAACAGCAAACACGAAAGACCAUCACCUAUCCGUAACCCUCUGCGAGAUUCGAAGGGACUCGAGAGUGUCCCUGAUACUCGAACUACACGCAUCACUCGAUCCAUAGUCGCCUUGAUCAACCAUGUCAGUUUAUCCGGGAAUCCGUAUUCGUGCAUAAUCUGCCAUAGCUGUUCUCGAUCGAUUGUAUCAUACGCCGAUUUGAAAUCGAUGAACAAGUGAUAUGUGGGCACGUUGUAUUUGCGGCAUUUCUGCAACACCUGGCGGAUGGCGAACAUCUGGUCCGUUGUAGCGCGUUCACCCAUAAAUUUAGCCUGAUAUUGCCCCACGAACUCUCUUGCAAUCGGUGAUAGUCGGCGGCAUAAAAUUUGAGAGAGUAUCUUGUAGGCAGCGCCCAGUAGUGUGAUUGCGCGGUAGUUCCCGCAAUCCAACUUGUCGCCCUUUUUUAAGAUGGGACACACGAUACCUUCAAUCCAUUCCGCCGGUAAUACUUCCUCCUCCCAAAUCUUGGUAAUGACCCAGUGUACUGCUCUCACCAGUGGUUCUCCACCGUAUUUUAGAAGCUCGCUUGGUAGUUGAUCUUCUCCUGCGGCUUUGUUGUUUUUCAACCGGCCAACCUCCUCCUCAAUCUCUUGGAGGUCAGGGGCCGGAAGUCUUUCGUCCUGUGCACAUACUCCUAGAUCUGUUACCACGCCACCUUCGGUACUUGCAACGUCGCCAUUAAGGUCUGUUCCAAUUGGGGAACUAAAAUGAAUUUUCACUUAAACUUGGCAGUUCGAUAAUUAUUUUCUUAAGAGAACUGUCAAGUUUAAGUGUCGAACUGUCAAAUUUUAAGUAAAAAAAUAAUUUUAAUUCGCCAAUUGGAACGGACCCUUAGAGUGUUUCAUUCGUGUAUUUCUUUAGGAAUUUCAAUGACUCCCAUUACGAAUACAAAUUCAUUUUGCAUGUCAGGCAUCCAUAUGAGUUCGUUGAGAAUAACUGGAAAAUUUCCUAAAGAAUACUUGGAAAAAAGUAAUCCCUGAAAAAAAAAAUCAUAUAUUUAUUAUAUUCUCCCCUAGAAACAUUUAUGAAGAAUUCUCUGCAAAAUUCAAUGGAAGGCUUUCAAAAGCUACCUUUGGAGAAAUUUUGGAUGAAAUCAAUGGUAGAUUUUCCAACGGAAAAAACAGGACAAAUAUCUGAAGGAAUUCUGAAUUCAAGAUUCUCUGGAGGAAUUAAUGAAGAAAAUCCAUGAAAGGUUUUCUAGAGGAUUUCUAGCAGAAAUUUAUGGAGCAAUCUUUAGUGAAAAUAGAACAAUUCUGGAAGAAAUCUAUGGAAGACUUUCUAAGCGAUGUGAGAGAUUUCUUCUUUCUAAAAAUAUGUUAAGAAAAUUUUACAUUACGUGGGUCGAAUUUCUAAAGAAAUACGUAAAAAAUUUUCCAAAAAAAAUCUUAAGCUUAUCUAACUUACACAUUCCUUGGAGAAAUAUCGGAAGGAAUUCUUUGAAUAAUUACUGAGUAAAGUCCUAAAUAACUUUCCUGGAGGAACUUUGAAAGACAUCCUUCGAGAAAUUUCGAGAGGAAUCUCUAAAAUAAUUUUGUUUUAAUUUCUGAAGAAGUUUCUGCGAGAUUUUUUUAAGAAUCCUAUGGGACUUUUUCAAAGAAAUCCUGUGAGGAAUUUCUGGAAGAAGUUUUGAAAGAUUUUCUGUAACAAACAAUUCCGAUGAAAACUCUGGAAAUUCAAUAUGUUUUGAGGUUAUGAACAUAUAAAAAAACUCACUGAUAGACCUUUCGGAGAUUACAAUUCAAAUGGUGUCUGCUAGGUUUACAAGAGUUUAAGCCCAAAGAAAUAUUUACUGAGAAGAAAACAGUUGUUUGAACGGAAAGGAUAGCUAUCAUUUGAAUAUAUUCCAUUCAAAAUUAUUUUCGUCUACACUGUAAAAUAUUUGAGUGAAUGCGAAGAAAAUCAUCGGAAGUAACAUUCCUCAGUGGAAAUGUUUACAAAUAUUUAGAAAACAAAAAAUCACUAGGAUCAGAUUUUGCUUUGAUCAUUAAAAACUACAUUAGUUUCUCAUAAUAAAAUAGUAAAAAAUCCCACGUAACAUCAUGGUAAACACUCAAAAUAAUGUAGAGAAUUCUGAUUGUUUGAGCAUACUGAAAAACGUACAUCAUUUAUCUUAGUUACUAGUGUAAAGCGUACUAAAUUUAAUCCUCACUAAAAUCCUAGAUGCUUUUGCUUAGGUCUUAGGCCUUUUCGGCGCCCCUCUGAAGCCGGCGCCCUUGGCGAGGGCCAACCUGGCCAACCGCAUGCUACGGCUCUGUCCGGUAGCUACGAAUAGCGCCAUAUAAGAAAGACUUGAAUUUGCCCGAACGCAACAUCCGUUUUUUCGUUCUCCGACGAACUAUCGAUCCCGUACCAAAUUCAAGAAUCAAUUCAAUAGUUACUUAUAUUAAAUUUUGUUUGUGUGUUAACGUCUACCCCAUUAGGCAAUGUCAAAAUAAAAAAAAACUCAUUUUUUUUUAAUCUUGACUGUGACGCUACCACGAACACUUUUCGACAUUUGCGCGAAGACAAAUCACGAGACAAACAGGUGGGAGCACAGGAUUCUUUCCUAAGCGAACCAUAUCCACACAUCAGUGUGGACUAGGGCAGUUCAGAUUUCAAACAUGUUGGAAAUUCAAAGCUCCCAUAUGUUCAUUACAAUCCUUGGUGCAAAACUAGAGUCCUGUCAAAUUUUCAGCCAUUUCGGUGGUGAUUUAAUGGUGGCCCAAGAGCAAAAUAGGUUUGUAUGGGAAUUACUAUGGAGAAUUUUCAAAGAAGGUUCUCCACGCUGCAGAGCAUUAAUACAUGGAUGAAGUUAUUUGCUCAAAGUCAAAUUGAAUUCUUCAGAUCUCAAUGAUGAAUGUUGCUGAAUACCGGAACUUAUUUCGACAAUCGACAAAAAAGAUAUUAAACAAAUUCUCACUCGCAUGCUCAUUAGCCUGGUACACGGUUUAUAUGGGAAAAUACAAAAAAUGGAAAAACUCAAGUUCCUGUAUACUUUUUGAAUUAUACUUUGGUCCCAUAUCAACAGUGCAAAAUUUCGGAUCGAUCGGAAAAGCUAUAUUUUAGCGCCCGCCAUUCUAAGUUUUUCAUACGAUUUACUAUGGGGAAAAUUUACUCCUGCAAAGAAAAAUCGCCAGGAGUCACCCCUAGAUCCCUAAAAAUCAGUCGACGAAUUAUUUCUGUAGAAUACUUUACUAGGAAUCAGACCUCCGAAGACAGCAAAUCGAUGCAACGUUCGUGGAAAAAGUUAUUAGGCCUCACCCCAUCGAUAAAAUAACAAGAUUUUAUUAUUUAUUGUUAUUCCUUACAUGUUAACACUUAUGUGGCCGGCAGGGUACCCGGGUACCUUUUUCAAUUUCAAAUCUCGAUUUUUUAAUGGUUAUUAAGACUAGGAUGUUGGAACUCUGUUAGAUCUUAGAACUCGUGAAUAUACAUCUAUUACUGGGGUUGACCAAAUUUUAAAGUGAGGAGGGGCAGGGGGAGGGGCUCCUGCAUUUUUUUAUCACGUGGAAGGCCGGCAGGGUACCCGGGUACCCACGAAAUUAAAAUGAUCAUAUCUCCGUCAAUUUUCCAUCGAUUUUGGAAAUUUUUAGCUCAUUCAAUUCAAAAACUCAUCAUCUAUCGGGAAAAUAUUUGGUUAGACCGAUCUAAUCACCGUGGUUUUCGGAAAAUCCAUAUUUUUGGGAGCAUGUCUUUAUACCAUAUUGAAACCCACAUUGUUAAGGCUAGGAUACCUUAAAGUGUUUAUGGUCAACCAUGGCCUCACGGGAAGCGUGUUCCGAAAUCAGAGUUUCAAAGUCAACACGUUUUAUGAUUCCAGGCCGGCCAGAUACAAUAUGGCAAAGCAAUUUUACGAUGCUUGGUACCGAAAUUGCUACUAACCUACCGAAAAUCCCGUAUGUUGUAUUGUAUAAAAACACGGAUCCGGAAAUCCGGAUUUUCCGGUACCUAUGGUGAUCGGACCGGUCCAACCAAAUAAGGUCUCGAUAGAUAAUGAGUUUCUGAGUUGAAUGAGGCAAAAACUUUUAAAAUCGGUGGAAAAAUCGCUGAGAUAUGAUCAUUUCCAUUUCGUGGGUACCCGGGUACCCUGCCGGCCUUCUACGGGUGUUUUUUUUUGCUGGCCACAUUACGGUUAAACAGCGUUUGCAUGCCAUUCGGUUUUCAGUCAAUAAGUUUUUCCACAUGCCUCAAAUCGCUUUGCUGUCUUCGGAGGGUUGGUUCCCCGUAAAAUUUGCAACAGAAAUCAUUCAUCGAUUUAUUUUUAGGGGCUAUGGGGCAACCUGUGGCGAAUUUUCUUUCAAAAAGUGAUUUUCCCCAUACUAAAUCGUAUGAAAACUUAAAAUGGCUGGCGCUAAAAUAUAGUUCCUCCGAUCGUUCUGAAAUUUUGCACAGUUGAUAUAGGACCAAAAUGGAGCUCAAAAAGUGUACAGGAGUAAAAUGUUUUUUUGUGUCCCACGCUAAUGCGCAUCUUCUUACACGAUGUCCUGCAAGAUGUGUGUUACCGGCAACACUGUUAACCGCGAAACGACGGUGAAACCACCGUCCGCUCCCUCGCAACUGAGCGGCUGUCGCUGAGUAGACUGACAGAUCGGACAGCAGCAGACAGAAAGGAGAAGAAUUGAUUCAUUCAAAAUAUGUUGUAUACAGUGCACAGUCAGCACAUUUAGUAGUCAUUAUAAGUGAACCAUUAUAGUGGAUUAUUUCGAUUAUAUGAAGUAAGUUUGUGAACUGUAGUUUCUGAAUUCUGUACUAAGUUUAUUCCUGCUAAAUCUUGUGAAGAAUCACACCCAUUAUCGACAGUAGUCAGCAUCGCACAGACAGUGUAAUUACCAGUCAGUUGAGGUACGUUUUCUAUUAAAUUAAGAAUUAAUUUGCACUAUUCAGUCCGUGUGAAACUGUACAUAACCUAAAAUCAAUUAUGUAAUUUGUACAGAUUGUAUAAUCCUCAUUUUCCUCGGUAACCGACCCAUCAAAAGCGACAGAAGAAUACUGAAUUUGUAAGUCUGUUUUGUAUACUGUUUACUGAUUUCUGACUAAAACGAAUCUAAUAAAUUACAGCUUGUAGCUGCUAAGUCUGCAACUAACAAGACGGUGUUUGUUCUGACGAUCGGGAACAUUCUACAAGAAAUUCAUCCGAAGUUGGAUGUUUGUUGCCCAUCGCCGGUCCCUGCUGAGGAGUAAAGCAACCGAACAGAGUCCGCCGACUGAACGACCCACGAUUGAAGACGACCAACAUCGCCGCCGCCGCCGCCGUCGGAGGUUUGAUUGCAGUUAAUCCAAGUCAGUACAGAUUUCCUUUUUUGUUCCCAUCUCGGAUCCCGUCCUACAGUAGUGGCCCGUGCAAUUUGACAGUGUACAGUAAGCUUGUUUGGUAGACAGUUUAGCUAGGGCAGUUAGAGUUAAUUAUGCCGAAAAAGAGCAAUGUUACCAACACGGGGGGAAUAGAUAAUCCGUGCAAAAAAUGCAAUCAAAUUGUGGGCGAUGAUAAUUGGGUCUGUUGCGAUGUGUGUGAAUCGUGGGUACAUUUUCGGUGCGCGGGUGUCAAUCAGUCAAUCGCGGAUAAAAGCUGGAAGUGCAGUGACUGUCUUGCCGAUUGGGAUGGCACCGAUGUUACGUCGAAGUCGGGAGUGUCAUUCAAUGAAUCUUCAGUGAGUAAAAGCAGUAGUCGUUCGUCUCAACGAUUGCAACUGAGCUUGCAGCAUCUGGAGGAACAACGUAGGCUGAGUAAGUUGCGGUCGGAAGAAGAGCUGCAAAUGAAGAAAAUGGAAGAAGAAGCCAAGGAAGAAGCCCGACUGAAAAAGCUGCAGAUGGAGGAAGCAGCCAAAUUGAAGCAGCUGGACGAAGAGCAGGAGUAUUUGAAGCAGCGGUACAACCUACUGAUGCAGAUUGCCGACGAAAAGGAUUCAUCUAGCAGGCGCAGUGGAGUGAGCGGAAAAAGUAAACAGACUGGAGUAAGUGUGAAAAGUAAACGUGACCAGUUGGAGAAGUGGUUGAAGGGAGCUGUGGUGGACGAUGUUGGACAGUCGAAGCCAUCGUCGUCGGUAAAUCAAGUUGCCCUGCCGGUUCACACAGUCGGUGAAUCAAGUCAACCAGCCGCAGUGGUUCGCGAAUUACGGUCACCAGCUUUGUUACCGGAUGUUUCUGUUCCGUCAAACGUGAAUCGAUUGUGUCCUCCUGUUUCGGGAAUCGUUGGGAAUGUUCCCACUCUGGCGAAAUCAUACGAACAGCUGGUUUCCGGACAAGGACCUUCUGUGAUGGCAUCUGUUCCAGCAUUAGCAGCCAGGCAAUUCGCAUCAUCGGUUCCGCCUAUUUCAGCAGCUUCUACAGUUUCCAAUGUGGUUCUUCCGGAAGUGCAAGAUAUUCGAGUCCGGAAUACUGAUUCUGUGGCGGUCACGUUCGCUGCACGGGAUACAGUAGUGUCCUCAGCUCCAUGUACAUCGCAAUCCUUUGUUGGUUCGAGCGGUCUGAUGUCAACAGUUUACGGAAGUCAUCCGUACUACACGGCCGCUCCAAUGGCACAACUAGCACCAACGAAUGCAGUAGUUUCUGGAGAUUUCGUUCGAGUGAAUUCAUCGCAAAGCUGUUUCGGUAGUGUUCCGCAUCCAGGAGUUCCGCAUAGUUCAGCAGUUCUUCAAGGAAACCCACCAUUAGGUUAUUCGUCGGCUCUACCAGUAACGAAUUCGUUUGGACCAUCAUUUGCGGGAGCUGGAUUGCCGAAUGGAACACAAUCGAGUCCUGCAGUAGGACCAACUAGUGCUCAACUCGCAGCGCGCCAGGUAAUGCCUCGUGAGCUUCCCAAGUUCAAUGGCGAUCCGCAGGAGUGGCCUAUCUUCUACAGUUCUUUCAAGAACACGACGGAGGUGUGCGGAUAUACCGACGCGGAGAAUUUGGCCCGUCUACAACGGAGUUUGGGAGGUUCCGCAUUAGAAGCCGUACGAAGUCGUCUGCUGUUACCAGCGUCUGUUCCGUAUGUGAUGAAUACGCUCCACAAACUCUACGGGCGGCCGGAGAUUCUGAUCAGUUCGCUUCUGAAGAAGGUGAGGAACGUGCCAGCCCCCAAAGCGGAGCGCCUGAAUACGAUUGUGGCCUAUGGUUUGGCCAUUCAGAACUUGGUCGAUCACAUAAUCUUGGCCGAUCAGCAAGCACAUUUGGCGAACCCAAUGCUGCUUCAGGAGUUGGUCGAUAAGUUGCCCACAUCUCUCAAGAUGCAAUGGGGAACCUACAAGCAAGGCGUUGCAUAUGUCAACCUGGCGACAUUCAACGGUUUCAUGGCAGGCCUUGUGAACUUGGCGUCGGAGCUUACCAUCGACGUGGACUGCGCACAAAACCAACACAAGCAAGCCCGCGUGGAGAAGCCGAAGCCAAGGGAGAAGCUUUUCACUCACGCCAACGAGUCGUCCGAUGCCGCCAAGGAGAAGGUCACGUCAACAGAAAGGUCUGUUUCAAAAGCCUGCUCGUAUUGCGGAAAGGACAACCACCAGAUCCUGAACUGUUCCAGUUUCAAGUCCUUGGAUAUAGGAGCGAGGUGGAAAGCCAUGCGUCAGAAGAAUCUGUGUCGUCUGUGCUUAGUACCGCAUCGGAAAUGGCCAUGCCACUCGAAAAAGGAGUGUGGCGUGGAUGGCUGUCGUUUUCGGCAUCAUAUGCUGUUGCACAGUAACCAGACAAGCCGAAGCGAAUCCGCUGAGACAACGAAGCCAACCGAAGCGAUACAGCACAACUACCACCACACGAAGUCGUUCUCUCUCUUCCGUUAUCUGCCAGUCACGCUUUACGGAGAUGGGAAACAAGUGGAAACCUACGCGUUCCUGGAUGACGGAUCAUCGUCGACUUUACUGGAAGAGGCAAUUGCAGUUCAGUUGGGGAUUGAUGGAGAGCCGGACAACCUUUGGUUAGGAUGGACCGGAAAGAUCGGCAGACAUGAGAAAAGUUCCAAAAGGAUCAGCGUGGAGAUUUCCGGAGUUGGAAAGCAAAACACAUUCCAGUUGAGUAACGUACGGACGGUUCGUGAGCUAGGACUUCCCAGUCAAACGUUAAACUAUUCCGAGCUGUCAAGAUCCUAUCCACACCUGCAAGGUCUUCCAGUCAACAGUUACGUGAAUGCAAGACCCAGUAUGAUCAUCGGUAUCGAGCACGUGCAUCUUCUUACCAGUCUGAAGCUUCGCGAAGGCGGAAGGUGCGAUCCAGUUGCAACGAAAACUCGCCUCGGCUGGUGCGUCUACGGAAGAAAUUCUGGAAGUGAAGGAUCCGUGGAACAGCUGAAUCUGCACGUCGGUCAGGAGAUGAGUAACAGUGAUCUGUAUGAUUCGAUGAAGAAGUUUUUCGCCGUUGAAGAAGCUGUGGUCACGAAGCACCUUGAGUCCGACGAAGAUCAGCGAGCUCGCAGCAUAUUGGAGGAAACUACAGUUCGCCGAGGAUCAAGAAUCGAGUCAGGUUUGCUGUGGCGAAAGGACAAUAUCCACUUUCCCGAGAGCUACAAGAUGGCGAUGAACAGACUCCUGGGGUUGGAAAAGCGUCUGUCCAAAGAUUCGGAACUUCGACAAAGAGUGAAGGAGCAGAUCAACAGCUAUGAACAAAAGCAGUACAUCAGUAAGGCUUCACAGGAAGAGGUUGGCAGUCUGGAUACUCGACGUGUCUGGUUUCUACCGCUGGGAGUAGUUAUCAAUCCCAAGAAGCCUGGCAAAAUUCGGAUGGUAUGGGAUGCGGCUGCAAAAGCACAUGGAGUCUGCUUCAACGACAUGCUGCUCAAGGGUCCUGAUCUUCUUGUGUCGCUAGUGGACGUUUUGCUGCGAUUCAGACAGGGGAAAGUCGCCGUGUGCUCUGGCAUCCGGGAAAUGUUCCUCCGAAUCCUAAUUCGCGAUGAAGACAGAUGGUCGCAGUGCUUCCUUUGGAGAAGUAAUCCGGAGGAAGAAGUACGAGUCUACGUGAUCAACGUGGCGAUGUUCGGUGCAACCAGCUCGCCAUGUACAGCGCAGUUUGUGAAGAACUGGAAUGCUUCCGACUACAGCGAACAAUACCCCAGAGCAGUGGAAGCAGUGACCAAGAACCACUACGUGGAUGACUUCCUCGACAGCGUCAACUCGGUGGAAGAAGCAGUACAGUUGGUACAGCAAGUGCAAGAUAUCCAUGCAGCAGCCGGCUUCCAGUUUGGGAAGAUACUGUCCAACGAGAAGGCAGUGCUAGACCGACUAGGAGAGACGAGUACAGCGAUCAGUAAACCACUGCCAGUAGACAAAGACCGAAUAUGCGAACGUGUUCUGGGCGUCACAUGGAUCCCGUCGGAAGACGCAUUCACAUUCAAUCAACAGGGAUUGGAGGAAGUAUUAGGUGCCAAUUGGGCAGCACCAACGAAGCGACAAGUCCUGCGUAUUGUGAUGAAGCUCUACGACCCCUUAGGAUUCAUUGCACACUUCGUCGUCCAAGGGAAGAUCCUGAUGCAGGAGAUUUGGCAAACAGGUACUAGCUGGGACGAGCCUAUUGCGGACCAGCCACGUGAGCUUUGGAUAAGAUGGAUCGAACAGUACCGGCAGAUCAACGAAGUCAACGUUCCUCGCUGCUUCUUCAAGGAUUUCUGUCCGCAGCAAGUCAGCGAUAUUCAGGUCCAUGUGUUCACAGAUGCGAGCGUGUCAGCUUGUGCGUGUGUGGCCUACCUUAGAACGACGGUGGACGGAGAGAGUCAGUGUUCGUUGAUUGCAGCAAAGACAAAAGUUGCACCUCUACGAACGCUAUCCAUCCCACGUUUGGAGCUUCAGGCUGCCAUGAUGGGUUCCCGUCUACUACAGAACAUCUGCUCAGUCCUUAGCAUCGAUAUCCACUGACGUU